ACUGUCACUAGUGAUUGAUUUAUAAUUUCUGUAAAAAAAUUCACUAAAACUAAAUUGUAAUUUGUAAAUUAGUAAUGUAUUUGUAAUAGUAUUUUAUAUUAAAGUUUAAUAGUAUGUAAAAAAUAAUUCAUCUGGUGAUCAAAAUGACUGAGAAUAAUGAAAUGACUGAGAUAAUUGACAAAAAUCUGGAAGAUAUUGAAAUCCAAGAAGUUUUGAAAAAUGGCACCGAUUUACGAGAAUACGCUCUACAAAUCGAUAAAAAUAUCAAAGAGGCUGAGAAAAACUCCGUGGCCGACUACUUGAAGGAAAGUGAAAAUAUCGCAUCGCUGCACAACCAGAUCGAAGACUGUGACGAAAUUUUAGCUAAAAUGGAAAGCAUGUUGUUAGUAUUCCAGAAUGACUUGGGCAGUAUUAGUAAUGAAAUCAUAAGUUUACAAAAGCGUUCAGUCAGUAUGUCUGUUCAACUAACCAACAGACAAGCACUCAAAGGCCCCCUUGCAUCAUUUAUUGAAGAUAUGGCUGUUUCAGAAACCCUUAUAUUUGGCAUCAAUAAUGUUCCUGUUAUUGAUAAAGAGUUCAUGGUGCAGCUAGCAAUUUUAAACCAAAAAUUGAAUUUUGUUAAAGAACAAGACUUUAAAGAAACAAAAGCCUGUCACGAUGUUAAAGAUGUAUUAGAAAAGUUAAAAAUUAAAUCUGUUUCUAAAAUCAGAACCUACAUUCUAGAACAAAUAUAUAAAUUCCGGAAACCAAUGGCUAAUUAUCAAAUUCCCCAGAAUGCUAUGUUAAAAUAUAAGUUUUUCUUUGAAUUCAUAUUAGCAAAUGAAAGAAAUGUGGCACAAGAGAUAUGCAAUGAAUACAUUGACACUCUAAGCAAAGUUUAUUAUUCCUAUUUCAAGUCUUAUGCCUCCAGGCUGGAUAAGUUGAAAUAUGAAGAAGUUCCAACAAAAGAUGAUUUAAUGGGAAUUGAGGACGGUUCCAAAGGAGGCUUUUUCCAAAAGUCAAAUUUGAAAAAUAAAAGUACCAUAUUCACUAUUGGUAACCGUGGUGAUGUCUUGGCGCAAGAAUUAGAAGCACCAAUUAUAGUGCCGCAUGUGCAACAGAAAACAAAGUAUUCAUAUGAAGCACUCUUCAGAAGUCUCCAAUAUGCUCUGGUAGACAAUAGCUGCAGGGAGUAUUUAUUUACAACUGAAUUCUUCCAUGUGAAAGGAAGCCAUGCACAGGAGUUGUUCGACAGAAUACUGGGAAAAACUUUAUCAUUACUUGUGAAAAAUGUUGAGAACUAUGUACUGGAGUGCUACGAUUGCCUGGCUCUGUUUCUGUGUAUACAAUUGAUAAACAGAUACCGAUGGAUGUGCCACAAAAGAGCUGUGGCUGCGUUAGACAGUUAUUGGGAUUCAUUACUUGCUUCACUGUGGCCCAGGUUGGAAUAUGUUUUAAAAUUAAAUAUUCAGAGUGUUCGAGAUUGUGAUCCUGCUAAAUUGUCUAAUAAAGAAAUGGGACCACAUUAUAUAACCAGAAGAUAUGCAGAAUUUUCCGCCGCAAUGCUGAGUUUGAGUGAACAGUUUCCUUCAGAAGAGCUGAGUAAUUUACUGCUGGCUCUCCAAGAUGAGGUUCACUGCUUCCUGCUUAAAAUGGCGGCAGAAUUCCCCCAAAGAAUACAGCAAUUGAUAUUUUUAAUAAAUAAUUAUGAUAUGGUUUUGAGUAUAUUAAUGGAAAGGACACGAGAUAAUACGAAAGAAGCGGAAAGUUUCAGGGAACAAUUGCAAGCUAGGAGCACUGAGUAUGUCGAAGAGAUACUGAGCCCGCAUUUUGGUGAACUUAUGCAGUUUGUAAAGGAAGGUGAACAGUUACUGGAAAGUGAUAGGAAAACUGAAUUGGCCAAUUUGGAAAAAAAAUCUAUAUCCCUUGUAACCUCUUUCACUGCAAGUUGGAAACAGAGCCUGGAAGAAAUACAUCGAGAAGUUCUGGUUUCCUUCCCUAACUUGGUUACUGGCUCUGGUUUAUUGCAAAUGGCGCUCACGAAUUUCGUUCAAUAUUAUCACAAAUUUGUAAAACUUUUAACACCCAACGCUCGCACCCAACUUGUUAACAUUCAUGUUAUAAUGGUAGAGAUAAAAAAAUACAAAACAAAUUAUUAAAUUUU